CCUCCAGUGCCUUGCUCCUACUGUAGACAUUGGCGUCUGCAAUGUUUGAUCCUCAAUACGUCAGCUGUAAACCCCAACCCAAUCAGAUCUUGUUCAAGCUGUGUCGCUUUGUUUCGGGAGUGCAGCCUUUCCCGAGGAGAGAAGCGUCAACCGUCUGAUUUUGAGACGUUAACUCCGGUAUAUGGCCAUAUGCAUGGUCUCACUGAGGAGCAGCUAGGCGAGGCGCCGUCACGACAGCGAGAAGAAGUAGUAGUAGAAGAAGAAGAAGAAGAAGAAGAAGAAGGAAAAAAAACUACAACGCGCCGGAUAUUUUCGAGAAAAGGAGGGAGGGUGCUUCAAAACUGGUUCUACCGACACCAGGAAUAUCCCUAUCCGACAGAAGAGCAAAAGACAAGCCUUGCACAAGAAUCAGGCCUCAGUAAGAGACAGGUAUCCAAUUGGUUUGCAAAUGCUAGACGUCGCCAUAAACAACACUUCAAACAAAAAGAGACCCUCCAUGUCUAUAGAUCAGGUUCUCCAAUGCCUAGAACUGAUGGAUUUGCAUUGAUGACUCCGAUGGAAAGAUGGAAGAGUUCACCGCCAGAAGACGAGCCGGUGUCGAAAUCAACUAUACGAAAGGCCAUUGCCUCCACGAACUACAAUGGCGAAGCAAGGAACAUAAUAGGCGGGCCUCGUUUAGAGUAUUCAACAGAUGAUUCAACUUCACAUCCAAGCUCGUCAAUGUCGAGCUUCGGCACUGGACGUUCGGAAUCCUCAGAAAGCUUGUCCUCGGCAUGGAGCUAUCAAUCUAGUAAUGGAAAUUGGCCAUCACUACACGCUACAAGUCCUGGGAUUAAGAUGAACGGCUGCACAUUCUGCCGUUAUUCGGCUAAGAAAAGACACGAUUGGGUUCGACAUGAAAAGAGUAUCCACCUGUCUUUGGAGUCUUGGUGCUGUACUCCGGACUUGGAAGCUGUGCGACAGGCGACAGAGCUGCCAUCGGUGGAAAUAGAAUCACAAAACAGCCCAGUUUGCGCGCUCUGUGGCCAAGACAGCUCUCCAACCCACUGCGAAGAUGCACACGAUUUUGGUCUUUGUGCUGACCGGCCGCUGUCUGAACGCACGUUCGGGCGAAAAGAUCAUUUGUGGCAGCACUUGCACAAAUUCCACCACUGCAAUGGAAGAAACAUUCCUCCACAAGUAGUGGAGGGCCUGGACAAAUUAUGUCGGACGGAGCGCCACGAAGUUCCCUCUCGUUGCGGGUUCUGUGAAGCCACAUUGCAGACCUGGGACCAGCGCGCAGACCAUUUGGCGGCACAUUUCAAGCACGGGUUUCGCAUGAGCCAGUGGAGGGGGGACUGGGGCUUGGAGGAACCCGUGCUGCAAGAUCUUAGAGAGGCUGUAUUGCCGUGGGAGCGUUAG